AUGCUGCUGCCGGCUUGGGAGAUGUGUGUCUAUGGGGUCCUUGCCGUGGGCUCUCACCUCUAUGCUUUCUACGAAGUGCACCAAGUGUCUCAAAAAUAUGAAGCUGCGAUGGACAGACGAUUUGGGCUGGAACCAGGGACUCUCUUUCGAGGCCUCAAAAAGGACCCCAUGGACUUUGAGUGGAGCUACUGGAUUGAAUGGGGAAGGGAACGUAUACUGUGGCUUCUGGCUGGUCACCUCCUGGUAUCACAAGUGUCCAGGCUCCUGGUGGAGAAGUAUAAACCAUGGUGCUUGAUGGUUUAUGGAAUGGCUGCCUGCUGGUUGUUAUUGGGAGUCAAGGGCUUUGCUGUCAUUUUGUUCCAUGCAACUAUUUCAUUUGCUGUGGCUCAGUUCCAGCUGUCACUCCUGACAUGGUUGUGCUCCCUUAUCCUGCUAUUCACUUUACGCAUACCAGCUGUGGAAGAAGCCAAGAGAAAGUGGUACGACACAGAAAAUGAGUAUUAUCUGCUGCUCUUCACUGUGUCUGUCCGCUGUCUCUUCUGCACUAGCUUCAGCCUGGAGUACUGCUGGCAUGGACCUGCCCAGAAGUCAUCCCACUCAUUCCUGUGGAUGCUGGCAUAUGUGUUUUAUUAUCCCACGUUCCACAAUGGACCCCUUCUGAAUUUUGAUGAAUUCAGUAAGCAGAUGAGGAGACAAGAAGCCUUCAGUUUGAAGACCAAUCUCAGCAUCUUAAUCAUGGGCAUAAUUCGUAUUUUCUUUUGGUGGUGCCUGGCUGAGUUGAUGAUUCACCUCAUGUAUAUCCAUGCUCUCUACAGCAGUGCUCCACCUUUGGAAGCUGCAUCAUACUGGGCCUUGGGUGGCCUGGCUUUAGCACAAGUACUAUUUUUUUAUGUAAAAUACCUGGUUCUAUAUGGUGUUCCUGCUCUCCUCCUUCAAAUGGAUGGACUCAAACCUCCAGCUCUGCCUUGCUGUGUGAGCCUGAUGCACAGUUUCACUAAAAUGUGGAGAAGUUUUGACGUUGGGCUACAUCGCUUUCUUGUCAGGUACAUUUAUGUUCCGAUGGGAGGAUCUCAGUCCAGUCUGCUGGGAACACUCUUUUCCACAGCCCUCACUUUUGCCUUUGUAAGCUAUUGGCAUGGAGGACAGAGUUAUCUGUGGUACUGGGGUGCACUUAAUUGGCUUGGAGUAAUUACGGAAAAUGGCGUCAAGAGGAUACUUUCUGUUUCACUUAUUCAAGAGUUAAUUGACCGUUUAUUCUCACCAAGAAUUCGUCGUCGACUUCAUGCUGUCUUAGCAUCUGUUAGCACUUCAAUGCUGAUUUUAUCAAAUCUCAUAUUUCUUGGAGGAAGUCACGUUGGAAAAAUCUACUGGAACAGGAUCUUUAUGGAAGGCUGGCCGUGGGCUACACUGACUGUUCUUGGGUUCCUGUACUGCUAUUCUCACGUUGGAAUUGAAUGGGAGCAAACGUAUGCUGUGAAUUAG